GUUCUCAGCCGUAUCCGGUGGGGCAGCGGUCCAGGGCUCGGAGAAAAAAAAAUAAAAAAACGAAGCGAGGAGGAAGAUCUGGUAACGGUCCGCUUUGUGAAAUAUCAAACGUCCCGAGUCUCCGUUGGAAGGCUCGGUAGGAUUCCACAGUUUCCUUCUCGUUAUUUUGGAUCACAUAUGUGUGAUCGCAUCAUCUGACCAGACUCCAUAGUGACAAAACAGCACUCCAUCGCUCUGCACCUUCUCACUCUGGUUAGAGGUCACACAGCAGCAUUGUCACCAUGGCAUCUGGAAGUACGAGCAGCGAGGAGGAGCGGAGCCUGAGGGAGUGCGAGCAGUAUGUGCAGAAACACAACAUCCAGCAGCUGCUGAAGGACUGCAUUGUCCAGCUGUGCACCUCCAGGCCAGACAGGCCCAUGGCCUUCCUCAGAGAGUACUUCGAGAGGCUUGAGAAGGAGGAGGCCAAGCAGAUCCAGAGCCAGCAGAAAGCCAGCAGUUCCCGCUCAGACUCUCGCGAUGAGGAGGUGUCUCCACCCAUGAACCCCGUGGUAAAGGGUCGCCGACGAAGAGGAGCCUUCAGUGCAGAGGUGUACACAGAGGAAGAUGCAGCCUCGUAUGUCAGAAAGGUCAUUCCAAAAGACUACAAAACGAUGGCUGCUUUGGCUAAAGCCAUUGAAAAGAAUGUGCUGUUCUCACACCUGGAUGACAACGAGAGAAGCGACAUAUUUGAUGCAAUGUUUCCAGUCACUUAUAUUGCCGGGGAAACUGUCAUUCAGCAGGGUGAUGAGGGUGACAACUUCUACGUCAUCGACCAAGGAGAAAUGGAUGUGUACGUGAACAACGAAUGGGUGACCAGCAUCGGCGAGGGGGGCAGCUUUGGAGAGCUGGCACUGAUCUACGGCACCCCGAGGGCAGCCACCGUUAGAGCCAAGACCAAUGUGAAGCUGUGGGGCAUCGACAGAGACAGCUACAGGAGAAUACUGAUGGGAAGCACUUUGAGAAAGAGAAAGAUGUACGAGGAGUUCCUCAGGAAAGUGUCCAUUCUAGAGUCUCUUGAUAAGUGGGAGCGCCUGACGGUGGCCGAUGCCUUAGAACCCGUCCAGUUUGAGGAUGGACAGAAGAUCGUUGUGCAGGGAGAGCCAGGAGACGAGUUCUUCAUAAUCUUAGAGGGCUGUGCAGCAGUUUUGCAGCGGCGCUCAGAGAACGAGGAGUUUGUUGAAGUUGGACGAUUAGGACCAUCAGACUACUUUGGUGAGAUCGCUCUGCUGAUGAACCGUCCUCGUGCCGCCACGGUGGUCGCCCGUGGCCCCCUGAAGUGCGUUAAGCUGGACCGGCCCCGCUUCGAGCGCGUUCUGGGCCCGUGUUCAGACAUACUUAAACGCAACAUCCAGCAGUACAACAGCUUUGUGUCACUGUCUGUCUGAGGGGGCGUCGCUCCUCCUCUGGCCACACCCCCACCCUCCUCUUCUCUCAGACCCAGGGUCCACACAUCCCAUUAGCUUAUUCUUAUUCUUUUGUCACUUUGCUUUUGUUUCUUUUUGCUUUUUACUCCUGGUUUUGUUCCACCUGCACCAGUUCUUAUGCUGUUACCACCGUGGUGGUGACUUUCAGCCACUCACCAGCGCUUUUACCAGCUGCUACCUUGUAGGCACAGUUACAUCACAGGUUACUUAUCUUCCAUAUAUAAAUAUCUAUAUUUGCUGGUUACAUUUUUGUUUUAGAUUUGAACUCAAAGCAGGAGAUCUGCUUUAGGGUCUCAGACUGGUGAGACAAUCAGACCUUUAAAAAGAAAUAAAGCGCUUUUGUUUUUACUAGAUGGCGUGUUUUCUUUAGGUUAGCUGGUUUAGGUACACUUUUAAAACUGUAGAAGGCAGGGAGGAUGUGAUGUAAUCGGUCAGCCUUUAGGUUUCUACAUUCGUUUUAAUCUGUUACGUGACGCUCCACUUGUUGUUUUUGUUACUUUUAGACGGACACGACGAUGUGUCCUCGCCUACUUUGUGAGAGCUCACACAACUUAAGGGUUUUACUGUGCAGCUGCCAGGCUAGUGCCAAAUGUUUGAUUCUCGUCACACAGCGCAGAGAUGCACACAGGCGUGGAACGUUCCUGGAGCUCCAACAAGUAGUCGUUACAACCCUUAUCGUCCUCCGAAAUCGACUGAACAACCACACAAGAACUGCCUUGAAUACUCUGAGGGGAAUACAAAUACUAAAACACAAAAGAAGAAAAAGAGUAUUACGUGAAUUUCAGUAUUCAGUUUAUUUAGUACACACCAAAUAUCAUGGUCGCUCUUCUGCUAUGAUUUACAAGCAAAUGUUCUCCUAGUAUAGUUCAAAUAAUCAUCAUUAUUAUUUUUGAGAAUCAUCUGGUUUGGAGUGAUGGUGAUCUUAAAAUCUAUAUAAAUAUAGAUGUUUAACUGUCUUUUGUAAACACUUAUUUUUCCAUAAAUUCUAUUUUAGGUGUCGAGUGCCACAAAGUAAAUAAUAAAUGAUUCUUCUUGUCAACUGACACAACAGUAUCUACUUGUAUUGUGUAAAAAAAUGAUUUUAAAAUAGUGAUGGGAGACUUUAACAUCAGAUGACAGGUUUAUUAAGUGGUGUUGGUGGGUGGAGUGUUUCUGUAGGAGGUGGGCAGCGUGAGCUGGUGUUUGUUUAUAGUCUCAUUAGCUGACCGCUAAUGAAGACGACCAUUUCCAUCGAACUAGCUGGUGGGACCCGCUCUGUUACGCUGGCUGGGCCCGACGUGCUGGGCCUCCGGUGGAAAAGGAAGUUUGUGUUAAAAGAAAAAGGAAAAGACACAAUGCAUCCUGCAGCUAGGUGCAGCAGCAGGAAUUAGUCAUUUAUUUGAUUUGUUACUCCCUGCUUAACAGCUUCAUGACUAGAUGGCUUUUUUAGAAAUGACAUUGAUGAGACUGAGUUACCUUUUCAUUCCUCUCUCUCAAGAAAAGACCUAUAAAUGUCUGUUAGUCUCACCGAGCGCUCAUGGACGAGCUGCAGGUGUAUGUUUGGUCUGGGUACUGUUAGCAGGUCGGUGAGAGGAGUUUUCUUACUGAUCGUCUGUUCCCCCCGACCCUCAGGUUCUCCUUGUGGGUGUGGUGACAUGUGGCUUUGUGUCCAUUGACAGCACAUCCCGUUUAUCCCGAUCUGCAGGAAAAGACCCCCGUUAGGGUGGAGGGGUUUGUUUGUUUUUCAUGUAAAUAGCUGCAUCCUAGAGUUUAGUCCACACUGCAAUCGUCCCGGUUUGCCUUAGCUUACCUGACCUGGACUCACGGUCGUAGUCAGUCACACUCGCUUAAGCCCAACCUUCAGAGCUCGGCGGGCUGCAGCCCCUCGGAGGACCAUUCUUUUUCUAUUCUACACUGUAUCUAGUUUCACCUCCUGUAUGUGCAAAGAUGUUUAUCCUCUUUUGGUAUAGAUUGUUCCAGAUGGCAGUUUAAGCAAUAAAAAAAGUAAAAAAUGAUUCAAAA